AUGGCGACUCUCAGCCUCGCAGAUCUUGUCCUUUCGACAUUUUCCAAGGGACUAGAUGUAUUUGCUCACAUCUUGGCCAGGGCAAAGGAGGACGCCGAAGAGCGAGGCAUUGACGUCGAGUCGCUCGUAGAGGCGCGAAUUGUAGAGGACCAGAACCCUCUGUCGUUUCAAGUACACUUUGCGAGCCAAGUCGUACGGAAUAAUCUAGGUCGCCUGGCCGGCGAGGAGGCGACACCGCUAGAGAGCGAGCUCAAAACUUUUGCCGAUUUGCAAAAGCAUAUUCAGGAUACCAUUGAAAUAUUAAAGUCCUUCAACGCGGAAAAGGCCAAGGGAAGAGAGGGAACAGAGGUCAACAUUCGAUUCCGGAGCCAGGAACACGCAAUUACCCUGCAGGAAAUGGAGCUGAAUCACGCAUUGCCCAACCUAUUCUUCCACCUCACAACUGCUUACUCGAUUCUGAGGGUAAAGGGUGUUCCAUUGGGAAAGAAGGACUACCUUGGCGGCUUCCUGGGCAAAUGA